GCCGGAGCCGAUGGCGGCCGCCGAUCCGCCGGGAGCCGCGGAGCUGCCGCAGCUGGCGGAAAAUCUGCUCUGCCGGCUGCAGGAAAAUUUCGAGGCUCUGACGGAGAAGCUGACGCUGAGAAUGGAAGAAAUGGGCGAGCGCAUCAGUGACCUUGAGAAGCGUGUUGCUGACCUGAUGACAGAGGCUGGGGUAGAAAACAGUGAUGAAGAAUUGGGACUGAGUGCAAUAUAAGGGGGCAGUGCUAACUCACCCCAAGUGUGUAAACCGAGGCUGUCCAUUCAUAGGGAAAUGUGUGUGGCUUGAAAUGUUCCUGCCCACCAUUCCUGCCCCUCAGGUAUGCUAACCUAGCUGAGGAUGCUCCCUGGUGUAAAUUUAUGUACCUCUGCUUUUAAACCUGCUACAGCUUCCCCGUUUAGCUUGGAGCACACCUCUCACACGCACUCACCACAAACACAGCAGUGAACUAAAAUCACUUCAUAAUAUAAAAUGAUGCUGCAUUUCAGGAUUGUGUUCUAGAUUUUCUAUCUGUCUCUUGCCUGAUGGAUGGCUGACUCUGUGUUCUUAGUAUUUAUGAGGCAGCACUGCUUCUGUGUUCUGUGGAUGCAAGUGAUGUCUUCCUGUUUUUGCCCACUUUCCUGAUUCAAACUGAGAGACAUCAAUUAUUCUUGUCAUUGGAACUUCUUAUGCAGUGAAGGACAGGAAUGUCUGUAAAUAUUCUGAAGUAAUUUAGGUAUCUUUUCAUUCUGAUGCCUUUUGCACAAGGCAUGCAAUAAUUUUCAGAAAUGCAGAAAGACAAUCCACAAAGAUGUAUUUAACUGUACAGAGAUCUUCCUAUCUCUAUGCUGAAUCACAUUCAUGAAUAAAUCACUAACCUAUUUAUUCACUGUAUCUUUGCAGCACUGAAAUAAGGAUGUGUUUGAGGAAGAUUAAGGGCAGAACAGCAUAGCCCUGACUCCAACAUUUUCCAGUCUAGAGUCACACUGACAAAAAAUGUUAAGGGAAAACAAAUGUGUUUGUAUCAUGUCAUAACAGAACCUUGAAAAAAAAAAUUUAAACUAUUGCCCCAGGAAAAAAAUAGAAAGCUGGGUUUGUUCAUCCAAGUGGGGCACUGUAUUUCCUGGAGCUGAAAAAGAAUUGUUAGCUUCAGAGAGGGCAAAGCCACUGUUUUGGAUAGAAAACUAUAUUCUAUAUAGUGAACUUAUCCAAUCACAAAUGUUUUCAAUGAAUGAAAAUGUGUUUAUUUUAAUAUUAAAACAGUAAGAUUUGUUGCCUUUUUAACUUAUAUGUUCUUAGAAUAAACCAUUCUGUACUAAAAAAAA